UGCUGGACAGAACACAGGUGACAGCAUUUCAGAGUUUGGAAGCUCGCUGCAACCGGAUCCUUGUGGACAUGGAGGGAGCGUUGACAGCUCGGGAUCGUGUGGGCAUCCAAGAUUUUGUGCUGCUGGAUUCCUAUACCAGUGAGAGCGCCUUCCUGGACAACUUGAGGAAACGAUUCCAUGAAAAUCUUAUUUAUACCUAUAUUGGCACUCUACUUGUGUCUGUCAAUCCAUACAAAGAGCUGGGCAUCUACACGAAGAAGCAGAUGGACAUUUAUAUGGGUGUCAACUUUUUUGAGCUUCCACCCCACAUCUACGCCCUGUCCGACAAUGCCUAUCGCACCAUGUUGAUGGAGAACAACAACCACGUCAUACUUAUCUCUGGUGAGAGUGGGGCUGGCAAGACUGAGUCCUCCAAGAAGAUCCUUCAGUUCUAUGCCGUCAGUUGCCCCAGGACCAGCCUCCUGGACAACGUGAGGGAUCGGCUUCUUCUGUCAAACCCUGUGCUGGAGGCGUUUGGAAAUGCCAAAACGUUGAAGAACGAUAACUCCAGCCGCUUUGGCAAGUAUAUGGACAUCCAGUUUGACUUCCAGGGGGAAGCUGUGGGAGGUCACAUCCUGAGCUACCUGCUGGAGAAGUCCAGAGUGGUCCACCAGAACCACGGCGAGAGGAACUUCCACAUCUUCUACCAGCUGGUGGAGGGUGCAGAGGAUGGGCUGCUGCGGUGGCUGGGCCUGGAGCGGAACUGCCAGCUGUACAGGUACCUCGUCCAGGGGCAAUGUGCCAAAGUGAGCAGCAUCAGUGACAAGACCGACUGGAGGACCGUGCGGAAGGCCCUCUCGGUCAUCGAGAUCAGUGAGGCGGACACGGAGCACUUGUUUGGGGUCAUCGCCAGCGUUCUGCACCUCGGAAACAUUCGGUUUGAGGCUGACGCCCGGGGAUACGCCACUUUGAACAGCAGCACGGAAAUGCACUGGCUUUCGAAGCUGCUGGGUGUCCACGUUCAAGUGCUGCGGGAGGGUCUCACUCACAGGAAGAUCGAGGCCAGAGCAGAGGAGGUGCUGAGCCCCCUCACAGCAGAGCAUGCCAUCUAUGCCAGGGAUGCGCUGGCAAAGGCCAUUUAUGGUCGCACAUUCGCAUGGUUAGUCAACAAGACCAACGAAUCUUUGGCCAACAAGGACUCCACCAGAAAGACUGUCAUCGGGCUUCUGGACAUCUAUGGCUUUGAGGUCUUCCAUGUAAACAGUUUCGAACAGUUCUGCAUCAAUUACUGCAACGAGAAGCUCCAGCAGUUAUUCAUCCAGCUGACCCUGAAGUCGGAACAGGAGGAGUACGAGGCAGAGGGGAUUGAGUGGGAGGCAGUGCCGUUCUUCAACAACAAGAUCAUCUGCGACCUGGUGGAGGAGAAACACAGAGGCAUCAUCUCUGUGCUGGAUGAGGAGUGCCUCCGACCUGGGGAAGCCUCUGAUCUCACCUUCCUAGAAAAGCUCGAGGAGAAGUUAGGUGGCCACCCACAUUUUGUUACACACAAGCUGGCUGACCAAAAGACACGGAAGACCUUAGAGAGGGGCGAUUUCCGACUCCUGCACUAUGCUGGGGAGGUGACGUACUGCGUUGUUGGUUUCCUUGACAAAAACAACGACCUCCUGUACAAGAACAUCAAAGAUGUAAUGAGGCAGUCCAAGAACAGCAUUGUUAAGCACUGCUUCCCAUCCAUUGAGCCGGACAGCAAGAAAAGGCCCGAAACGGUGGCCACCCAGUUUAAGAGCAGCCUGGCAGGGUUGACCGAAAUCCUCAUGUCCAAGGAACCCUGGUAUGUGCGUUGUCUGAAGCCCAACAACAGCAAGCAAUCAGGGUGCUUUGAUGAUGUGCUUGUGAGACACCAGGUGAAAUACUUAGGGCUGAUGGAACACCUCAGGGUUCGACGGGCUGGUUUUGCCUACCGGCGCCGCUUUGAAGUCUUCUUGCAGAGGUACAAGGCCCUGUGUCCUGACACCUGGCCCCACUGGAAGGGCAAACCAGCAGAUGGUGUUCAGAGACUGGUCAUACACCUGGGUUACCGGCCAGAUGAAUACAAGAUGGGCAGAACCAAGAUUUUUAUCCGUCAUCCCAGGACCCUGUUUGCCACGGAGGAUGCUUUUGAGAUGUGCAAACAUAAACUUGCCACCAGGAUCCAGGCCAAGUAUAGGGGCUACCGAGUCAAGGGGGCCUUCCACAGGCAGAGAGAUGCAGCUACGAAGAUCGAGGCCUGCUGGAGAGGCAUGCAGGCCAGGAAAGAACGAGAGAGGAGAACUUGGGCAGUCAAAGUCAUUAAGCGGUUCAUCAAAGGGUUCAUGAACAGAAACCAACCAGUCUGUGUGGACAAUGCAGAGUAUCUUACCUUUGUCCGGCAGAACUACCUUAUCCGGCUAAAGGAGAACCUGCCUAAGAACCUCUUGGACAAGAAUACCUGGCUAACCCCACCACCCAUUAUGCAGGAGGCCUCUCGGAUCCUGCAUCAGCUCUACGUCCGACUCUUGGUGCGAAAGUAUGUGCGAGGGCUUUCUGCACAGCGAAAGGCGCAGUUGCAGCUGAAAAGUUUGACCAGUGCUUUGUUCAAAGGGAAGAAGGAGAGCUACCCCCAAAGUGUGUCCAAACCCUUUGUUGCCACCAGGAUCAAUGAACAAGACAUCAAUAUGAAAGUUCUUCAGAUGAUUCGUCAUGAAGGCAUCAAGUAUAGUGUCCUUGUGGUGAAAUAUGACCGGAAUGGCUUCAGGCCAAGGCAGAGGCAGUUGGUGCUUACCCAGGCUGCAGCUUACCUGGUGGAGGAGGCAAAGAUCAAGCAGCGUGUGGAGUACGGCUCUCUCAAAGGGGUGUCUGUCAGCCACCUGAGCGACAACUUCCUGAUCAUACAUGUGUCCUGUGAUGACAUCAAACAGAAGGGGGACCUGGUUUUGCAGUGUGACCAUCUCUUUGAGUUGGUGACCAAGCUGAGCAUGCUUGCAAAUAAGGCCAGUGCCAUCAAAGUGGUACAGGGCAGUAUCCGGUUUGACAUCCAUCCUGGCAAGGAAGGAUUUGUGGACUUCCGCAGUGGCCAGGAGACAAUGGUGUAUAGGGCCAAGAAUGGUCACCUGAUGGUGGAAUCAACUCGAGCCAAGGUGCGAUGACAUGAACUGCUACCUGACUCACAGCCAGCCCACCUGUGCUUAGUGCAUCCAUCCUCCAGGAACCUAUCUAUACUUCACUGACAAAAAUAGUUGAGAGAUUUUGUGCACCAAGGUGGGAACAAUCUGCAAAGAAGCCUGGUUGCCAACAUCAUCUGGUUGUGACCUCUACCUGCUCAGUUACUCACCCAACCGGGGAUGCCGAAUUAACAAGCUUGACUGCCGACCACUUGAAAAAAACAUCUCCCCUCCCCAGUGCUAAAUCUUCAUUGAGUGGACAAACAUUUUUUAUGUGACUUUGACCUCCCCAGAUGCAAAACAAGGGCUAUCCAAUCUUCAUGUUCAAACUGGAUCGGUUCACUUAUGAUUGUCCCAGUAAAAGAAAAAAGUGGAACUCAUUUGUGGUUUUGUACUGACGGCUGAAACUUCUCCAUGAAAUAUUUUGGUUUUUGAAUUAAAUAGUGGAAUAAUUUCUACCAUUUCCAUCAUUUAUACUGAAAUUUCAAAGCCAUGUACGUGUUACGAUUUUUAUAAGCAUU